AUGACCUACUCAGUCCAAACAGAAGCCGCCGCCCUUCUGCGUAAGGGCAUCCUGGAGAACCCGUCACUCGCAUCCAACAUCCCCGCAGACGCCUCUCUCGCCGAUGUUGAAUUCACGGGAAAUCCCAACCCGAACAUCCCCAUCAACUGGCGGUUUGCCGAGAGUAUCUCUGCCCUGUUAGGUCUUGAAGCUACUUGGAUAAAUGCGCUACUCAAGGCAAAAUAUAACAAAGAUCCGGUCAAGGUCACUAUUGACACCGACCAUGCAACCCUCUUCAUCAUGGCACCGCUUCUCGUUGAUACAGUCGAUAAAAACGGAAACCCCGACAGUCCGCAUCUGUCACCAUGGGAGCGCAUGAUGGCAGCAUUUCCUAAUCCAGGAAGAGAUCUCGGACAGGGAAGUUUGCAUCGAAAGGCUAUCACUAAUAUUUACAAGACUAAGGAUAGGCGGUGCUAUCAUGUUCAUGGCAGUACGGAUGCUGGCCCAUCUUCAGCAGCACUGGGUCUUGACCCUGGUCGUAAAGCCGCCUCACCAGCUGAAGCAAUGGAUGUAGUCCAGGAACGCGUCCAGCAAUUCACAGCCGAAGAGCUAGACCGCAUUAUGAACGAAAAAUACCACCAAGCGGGAACGAUCUGCCACUCUACGGACGAAUUCAAAGCAACCGAACACGGCAAGGCAAAUGCCCACGUUGGUCUCUACGAACUCAACCACGUCCCCAAUGCAACUCAAAAACCUGGAUGGUGGAAAUCCAGCCCAGAAACAGGCCCGUCACGCCCUCUCUCCGGCCUCAAAGUCGUCGAUCUAUGCCGUGUCAUCGCCGGCCCGAGUAUCUCCAAGGGACUGGCUGAGCUGGGCGCAAGUGUAAUGCGAGUCACUGGCCCCGGGGUGUUGGAUAUUUAUGCCCUGCUUGCCGAUCUAAACUGGGGGAAAUGGAACUGCUCGAUCGACCUGAAGACGGAGGAAGGAAAGGAAACUCUACGCGAGUUGAUCAGGAAUGCUGACGUCGUGUUGGAUGGAUACCGGCCUGGUGUGAUGGAGCGUCUAGGCUUCGGUAGAGAGGCAGUACUAGACUUGGCCAAGGAUCGUGACGUUGGGAUAAUCUACGCUCGAGAGAACUGCUACGGAUGGCAUGGGCCAUGGAAGGGUCGCAGUGGAUGGCAGCAGAUCAGCGAUGCCUGCUGCGGCGUUUCGCUGGAGUAUGGCCGUGCCAUGGGUGUUGAUGAAGCUGUCACGCCUGUCUUUCCCAAUUCGGAUUUCUGCACCGGAGUCAUCGGCGUCUGUGGGAUCCUCGAUGCCAUCAUCGCAAGAGGUGAAAAGGGCGGAUCGUUCUUGAUGGAUACUGCACUAAACUACUACUCCCAAUGGCUCGUCAACACCGCCGGUGUCUAUCCCGAACCAGUCUGGAACGACCUCUGGCAACGGCACAAUCAGCUAACCUUCCGCCAUAACGACUCCAUGCUCGUUACUCUCCCUGUGAUGCUGAAGUCGCUUAUGCAGAACUCAGGCGCACAACUUUUCCAACCGCGCUUCUUCGAGAUCCGGUACUCGGGUGCGAUGGAUCGUUAUUUUAAGGUGCUAAGACCAGUGCUUAGUUUUGCAGGUGAGCAGGUCAGUCUGAGAUAUAAUGUCGGGACGAGGAGUAAUGGGCAUGAUGCUGCGCGGUGGCCAGGGGAUUUGCGGACUGAGGUUGUCAGUGCGUAG